AUGUACCAGAGCUACCAACAACUAUAUGAUUCCUUAAGCAAAAUGUUCAGCUCAUUCACCAUUGGUAAUUGUGGUUCUCAAGGACUAAAAGACUUUAUGAAUGAGAGCAAAUUGAUUGACCAUUUGAAUGGUUCUGAUUGUGUACCUACUUAUGAAGACAAAGAUGGAGAUUGGAUGCUUGUUGGUGAUGUUCCAUGGGAGAUGUUUGUUGAUUCAUGCAAACGCAUACGAAUAAUGAAGGGUUCAGAAGCCAUUGGACUAGCACCAAGAACAGUUCAAAGGUGCAAGAACAGAUGCUGA